AUGGAGGCAAGCACUCCUCGAAAGCUCAGCACACAAAUUGCGAGUGCGAAUUUUGACGCUGUUGGAUAUAUCAACGCCCUUGAGAUCGACUUAGACAGGAAUUUUGCGGAUGUCUAUGUGAAGAUGACAAACACGUUUAACCAAGCCGAGAAAGAUUUGUCGAAGCAAGUGAUUAACUCAUUUGACAAACUGGACUCUACGAAUGAGUCUUUGAAUGAAGCGUCACAAGAAAUAGAAGAAGUCACUAAGAAUAUGUGGGCUAUAAAAAGCUUCUCUUUAUAUGAAGAGGAACGAGUCUUUGGUGUAUCGGAAGCGAUGAGAUCUUUGGGACAAGCCAAAGAGAAUUUAGAACUGAUCAUACAACUCAUCACACAACUAGAUAGACUCAAUGAACUUGUUACAAGCUUGAGCCCAUUAAUUAAAGGUAAAAAGGUGAUUGAACUUCUAGAUGUCAUGCAACACUUGAAUCCAUUGAUCAAACAAUUUCGAGAAUACAGUGACGUGGAGCAUAUUGGAAACACUUUACACGUGUACGACGAAGAGACAGUGAAUAUAAUGAAUGAGAGUAAAACCAUCUUGUCGGCGUAUGAGGAAAAUACUAUGAACAAGAAACAAAUCAUCACAACAAUGCAAGUCAUAGAGGAGACUGAUAACGUCAAAGAGUUUGUUAAAUGGGUCAGUGGGCAUCUUAUUAAUGGGUAUAACAACGCAUUUCCAAUAUCAGGACCUUCGGCUGGGAUUGAUGGAGUAGAAAAGAGGUAUACUUGGUUCAAGCAAAAGUAUGAGGAAUUUGAAAAGAAGUUUGAAGGAGUCUUUCCAGAGCAGUGGGAAGUGAAGACGAGUUUUAUAUUGGAGUUUGUGGAUGCGACAAAAAUUGCAUUUGACUUGUUACUCAAAAACAAAGACCAAGCGAGUCCAAAUUUUCUUAAUGUGGUAUCUCGGGCGUUACAAGCAACUGUAGUGUUUGAACGAUUUGUGGUGCAAAAGGUGUUUGGAGAGCAGUGCGAACAACUGCAACAAACUAUUGAAUUCAAAGAGAAAACAAAUCCAUUUGAAGGUGGUGAGAAGACGACAGCGCCUAUUAGAAAAGAACUGAAUGAAAAAACAAGUAAUCCAUUUGAUGAGAAAAAGAUGAAUGCACUACUACCAGAAAGUCAUAUUAAAAAAUUGAAUAACAAAGUCAAUGACAAAAAGCCGAACCCAUUUGGAGACGAUUCAGACGACGUGAAAGAAAACACAAAAACACCACCAAAAACGAAAGAAAAAGUGCAAAAGAAGCCGAACCCAUUUGGUGAAGACACCGAUGAUGAUGAGAGUGAAGAAAGUAACAUUAAAAAAAGUGAUAUGAAGCAAACAAAGAAACCAAAUCCUUUUGGUGAAGAUUCGGAUGAUGACAAUGAAAAAAGUGAUGGAAAAAAGAAUACACAAACCGUACAAACAAAAAAACCAAAUCCUUUUGGCGAGGACUCGGACGAGGAAGAACAACAAAAAGAAAAACAAAAUAUUCAAGGAAAGAAACCAAACCCUUUUGGAGAGGACUCAGACGACGAUGUUAAAGGCGAACCUUUUGUGACUAAAAGUAUUACAAAAAAUGACACAAAAAUAUUAAAGAAACCAAAUCCAUUUGGUGAGGACUCGGACGAGGAAGACAACAAACAGUUAACUACUCAAAUUGUGAAUCAAAAACAACAAAAGAAAGUAAAUCCAUUUGGUGAAGACUCGGAUGAUGACAGUGAAGAUACUAAAAAGCGUCCAAUAGUCAAACAAAGUCCAAAAAGUGUUGGGAAAAAGCCGAAUCCCUUUGGCGAUUCUUCAAGUGACGAGAGUGAAGAAACCAAAGUCAAUCCGUCGCCCAUUUCUUUACCAGCGAAAAUGGUUGACCCAAAACAAAAGAAAGAAAACCCAUUUGGCGACUCUUCGAGUGACUCCGAAGCUUCAAAAAGUUCCACAAAAGAAGAAAAGAAGAAACCGACAUUUACAGAGUCCAUCAAGAAUGCGAUUAUUAACACAAUAACAUUCUCUAAAGACAAAGAAGACACAACUAAGGUAGAACCACUUGAAGAAGAUCAAGAAGAAGAAUACUCUGAAGACACCCAUAUCAUUAAAAUAGGAAUGUUAUCAAAAUGUUUUGAACCGUUUAUGGUAGACAUAGUCAACGCAGAGGCAACAACACUCCAAAAGUACAUUUCAAAACAAAUUGUCGAAGAAAAUUUUGUGGCGUGUUUUGAUGGGACUUUGGUAUCGAGUAAACCCGUUCUUGCGUUCUUUAAAAAGGUCUUGGAGAGAAUAGGAGAUGUCACUCGAGGCACGCCAUACAAGCGGUUGUGUGAAGUUUCGAGAAAGAGUUACGCUGACUACAUCUUUGAAAUUCAGAAGAAGAUUAAGGCGGAGGCGAUACUGAAACAUUGUCAAGUAAUUAAUACUGCAGAUGUCAUGAACAAGAAGAUGCUUGAACUUAUUGAGUGUCGAGAGGGUAUUGUGAUGAGUGAAGACAAUGAAAUAGUUUCGAUUAAAGAAGUGAUUAAAGAACUUGUAAAUUACGUACUUAACAACGUCAAAAAGGUGUUGGAUAACUUCACUAAAGUGAGAUGGGAUAUUGGGGCGGAUAAAGUGGACGACAGCGAAGAUUUUGCAAAUAAGACGAACACUGUUAUAGGCUGGAAUUUCCAAAAUAUUAAAGGGAAAAUAUUAGCAAAUUUGUACCUCAUUGUGUGUUACGACUUUUGUGUUAAAUUAGCACAAAACUUAUUCUUCGAUGUGUUCUUUAAGGUUGGGAAAAUGUCUGAGAACGGCGCAAGAAAGAUGCAGAUGAUAUUCUCUUCAAUUAAAACAUUUGCACUUAAAUUGAAUGAUGUGAAUGGAGAGAGGUGCAAGAUGAGUGGCCCAUCAAAACAGAUGAGCGAAGAGGACUUCAUUACAAAUGGAAGAAAUGCUUUUAAUGAUAUUGAAAACACACUAAAGGUCAUCCAAGUGGAAGAUAAAAAUGUUGCUUUGAGUUUGUACCAACAAAUAUGCCCAGACAAAAGUGAAAGCGACUUUGAAAAGAUUUGGAAAAGGAAAGAGUCUGGAGGAAUCAUCAAAGGUGGUAUGAAGUACAUCACAUCAUUUGUGAAAUAA